AUGAGGGACAGUAUACAUUGCCCGAGUAUUUUAUCUACUGACCGCACGUCGAUACUUUCCGAUACUAGCACUUUGAUAGAAACGGACUCGGACUCGAAUACAUAUUUGAAACACCCUCCUAGUAGCAGUUACCACACUAACAUGAACAGCAACAUAUACCAUAGCCCCAAAGCCAGCAGCCCUUUGGUGAGCUAUAAGACAUCUUCGCCAGUGUUGCUGAAGAGGGCGACUGCUCCUGUAUUGCCGAGUUUCAAACCUAAAGAACAACGAUAUAACAAGCCACAGGGCUGCUCGCUAAUAACUGCUGUGGAGCUAGGUAAAAUUAUUGAAACUUUACCAAAUGAAAAAUUGCUAUUACUAGACGUCAGGCCGUUUACUGAACACGCCAAAUCGAUUAUCACAAACUCCAUUCAUGUUUGUCUGCCUUCCACGUUGUUGAGGAGAAAGAAUUUUACCUUUUCCAAACUCUUAGACAACUUGACUCCCAACGAGCAAGCUGUGUUAGAACACAAACUGGCCAUCGACAACCUUCGCAUAAUCAUUUAUGACAGUACCGCAAAUCAGACUGAAAGCUCUGUUUCUCUACCUUGUUUUGGCAUCGCUUCCAAGCUAGUGGAGUUUGACAGUAAGGCUAAAAAAACCGUGUCUAUAUUGAUGUGUGGCUUUUCUCAAUUCAAAAUUCUAUUUCCAGAUCAUAUAAGGACAAACUCAAUUAACCCCUGUUGCGUUGAUUCAGCUGAAACUGAACCUAAAAGUCCCAAGACAAACUUCAUCAAUAAUCUACACAACAUAGCGCCUCAUAUGACGGCAACAACACCAUCAUCAUCGCCACAAAUGAAUCUCAAGUUGAAAGUACCUGAUGAUAGUAGGUCAGAUCAUUCAAGUUUUUCGAAUUCUCCUUCCCCGCGUAACAUUCUAUCAGAUUCUCCCAUGUCUUCAUCUUCCCCCAUAUCUGCCUUGUUCAAGUUCCAACUACCUGCCCCACAAACAAACAUAAACCAAGUGUUUAAGUUCUCGCAAAAUGAAGAAAUAAUGGAUCUAGAGACAUAUUUAAGUGCAGUCAACAUAAAAGAAGAACAUGAGAGAUGGUACAACAACGAUUCCGCCAAAGAAUCCUUACAGAACUUUCAAUUUCCGAAGAACAAAAAUCCCUUUAAAAAAGACAUUAACAAAGACAAACUAGGGUUCCAAAUUAAGUAUGAGACCUUGCAUAAAACUUAUAGGCAACAAGACAUUGAUUUCGUUAUUCCAAAAUGGUUUCAACAUCUGAUGACAAUUCCCAAGAUCGAAUUGGUUUCUCAGUUUCAAAGAUUAGAUUUUCUGGAGAAGAGACGGUUGAAUCAUUCUGUGUCUUUUAGGAAAAAGGAAAAUUCAUUUAUAAUUGAUAAGCCGUCCUCUUAUCCUGAGCAAUUGACAUCGACUGCCUCUUCAACCAUCAUGCCCCCAAAGUUUCCUGAUGUAAACAAGGUACAGAAGAGAUCGCACUCUCAGCCGAUAUUUACUCAAUAUAGUAAAUAUAAAUCGAUGCUAAGUCUUGAAUCGGAUUCUGAUUCGGAGUCGGAUGACAUUAUAAUAUCAUCUGGUGUCGAACUAGGGGCAAAGAAUAGAUAUAAGGACAUUUUUCCCUACGAGCACUCCAGAGUUAUUCUCAAGAAGGGUACUCAAUCAUCAAGAGGUAUUAAACAUUCUCAUUCUACUUCUGAUGGUGGCAUCCUUGACAAUUAUAUCAACGCAAAUUAUUUGUCUCUACCAAGAUUUUCUUUUGAGCAGAAUCCAUCAUUCUCAACCGCCACAACCACAACAAGAAGAGUACGUUAUAUAGCCACACAAGCGCCCAUGCCCUCCACCGUGCAUGAUUUUUAUACAUGCAUAUUGAAUAACGGCGUCCCAUUGGUGCUAUCAUUGACAAACGACUUUGAGAAUGGUAUAGAGAAAUGUUACCGUUAUUGGCAAGAAGGUAGUUAUAAUGGAAUUCACGUUAAAUUGCUAGAGAAGAAGAUUUUAAAGAUGCCUACUGGUACUACGAGAAAAAAUGCCACCUCAAAAAAGAAUAACAAUUUAUUUUCAGUUAACGUACGCGGUAAUACUAAUAACAGCAACAACAACAACAACAAUAAAAAUAAUAAUAACAAUAAAUUUGAAUAUGAUGAUGAUAAUAAUGAUAAUAAUGAUAAUAAUAAUGAUGAUGAUGAUGAUGAUGCAAUAUUCAUAAGAAAGAUUCAGUUAACUUACCAUGACCAAGAGAAGCCUUAUGAAGUAUUACAGAUCCAGGUGAAGAAUUGGCCCGACCUGGGCACUUUGCUUAACCCCACCUCAAUCUUACAAGCAAUCAACUUAAAAAACCAUAUAAUAGAUACAUUAUUUGCCAGAAAUUACUAUCAUGAAAACCAAGUUCCCACUAUUCUAGUUCAUUGCUCCGCAGGAUGUGGAAGAACUGGUACUUUAUGCACAAUAGAUUCCAUUCUUUCAAACUUUGAAAUGUUUGAAAUGUUGCAGAAAGAAUUUAUUAAAUUCCAAUAUCCAGCAAAAUUAUUCGAUCCAAUUUCAUGGACGAUCAACAUUUUUAGAAAGCAACGAAUUUCUAUGGUACAGAAUAUCAACCAGUUUAUUUUCAUCUAUGAUUGUUUGUUAUUUUAUUUCAAAUUACGCCUUGAUGAUAUAAUGGAAACGGAGGAUGGUAACGAAAGCAACAAGGACAAUAUAUCAUUAAGUGUAUUGAUUAAACAAAUCACAGAGUUAGAGAUUUUGGAAACGUUUAUGAGCGAUAAAUUGAAAGAGCUGCCACAGUAG